UAACUAACUCCACUCAUGCAGGCUGAUGGAUUGAUCAAGGAUGAGGCUCAGUUUGUUCGUGUGGCAAUGGGACAUGAGGGUGAAUCUCUUGAUGAAUUUGUCGAAGCACACAAAACAACUUUGAAUGAUAUCAUGUACUUUCCUACCCGGAAUGCUUAUGGUCUCUCAAGUGUUGCUGGAAACAUGGAAAAGCUAGCUGCUUUACAGAAUGAGUUUGAGAAUGUGAAGAAGAAAAUGGAUGAUGAUACUAAGAAAGCAACAAAGCUUGAGCAGAAGAUCAAAGUCCUUACUAAUGGAUAUCAGAUGCGAGCUGGAAAACUCUGGUCACAGAUAGAGGCUACGUUUAAGCAAAUGGACACAGCAGGGACAGAACUUGAAUGCUUCCGAGCAUUACAAAAACAAGAGCAGCUAGCAGCAUCACAUAGGAUCAACAAUCUGUGGGAAGAAGUUCAGAAACAAAAGGAGCUUGAACGUACUUUACAGAAAAGGUACGGUGACCUCAUAGCAGAUAAGGAAAAGAUGCAGCAUCUCAUGGAUGAGUACAGAAUACAAGCUCAAAUGCAGGAAGAAAUUGCAGCAAAGAAUCGUGCUCUUGAGCUGGCCAAGGCAGAAAUGGAAGAAAAGCAGAGCACAUUUGCUGCUACUGAAGCUGGUGUGGAAUCUUCAGGUACUGGCCAAUGCUCCAAUGCAGAGGAAACUUUUGCUUCUGCCGCUCAUGUAUCAUCAUCUGCUAUUGAAGCUGAUGAUGUGCCUGUGGAAUCUUCAGAGACUGGCCAUUAGCCGUUUUGCCAUCGAUAUAAAUGCUUCCCCUGAAAUAAUCUACUGUGAGGGCCACAGUGUGACCAUAGAGAGGAUUAUGAUAUGCUGAAAUUAUAAUGAGGAAAUUAUCAGGGAGACGAAAAUGUGCAGAUUUAUGCUUGUGUUUUGCAUUUGAUUCAUGGUUUCAUAGGUGAAUCUGGAGUAGGAAGAAUAGUAAUUAAUUUUGUGUGACAAAAAUAGCACUUUGGUCCUCAUUUAGCAAGUAUUAGGCACUCUUUCUGCAUUGGUAGUACGAUCAAACUCAAUAACUUUUUGAUAUGUUCAAACUCCAGAAACUUGUAAAUUCAUGGUCUAUAGCUGAUAUUUGAAUUGUUAUACGGAUUUGGAUGAGGAGCCUGGUGCUGUUUGUGUCAAAAAUAAGAGAUGUAAAUUUACAUA